GAUAAGUACACCCGGACAAACAAAAUGGCGAACAAUCUAGUUCACAUCGCGCAAUAGCAACCGUAAAAAUGUUGAAAUUGGCCAUGUAUAGGAAUAGUGAUUUAGCUAAAAGUGACACUUGUUUAGCAGAUGAUGAUAUAGGGCCUGAUCAGAACACGACUAAGGGUAAGGAUAUCAGUGUGCUCGAUCACAGCGAUGAGAAAACGAUCCAUUCGGGACAUUUCAUGGUGAGCCAGGUUCACCAGGAGCCGGAGUCCGACGAAGAUGAAGACAAGACUGCAGCUUCGAAAUCGCCGGAGCAUGAAGCAUUCUCUCCCCCUCGAAUAGCUUACGACUUUGUUUCUGCCAGCCAUACACCCCAGGAGAGCUAUCAGUUCGGGACAGCAGAUGAACAGUCUCAAGGAAGGCUGUCCAUGAUAGAUGGUUCUCUAACCAGACUGUUCGAGUGCAUGACCUUGGCAUACAGCAAGAUCACCUCACCACGAUGGAAGACUUUCAAAGGGAUGAAGUUAAAUGUGAAGGACAAAAUUCGACUCAACAACAUCAUCUGGAGGGAAUGGCACAUGCAGUACAUCAAGUCAAAGUUUCCAUUAGUAUGUCAGUUUGCGGCACCCCUGUCGGAAGACUCGCACAGCCGGCCAGAGGCCAUUGUGAUGGAGGGCAAGUACUGGAAGCGACGAUUACAAACUGUCACAGCAGAGUAUCAAAAAUGGCGCGGCUACUUCAAAAACCAGAUGAACCGCGCCCGAAUGGAUGAAAAGAACGACCAGGAUUUGAGCCAUGAAGCUCUCCUUGAUCGCCUGGCAACUCAGGACCGUAUCCGAAUCCAUCCUCAGCGCUCACCGACACCAGGACUGAGUAACAUUGACGAGGACCUACUGAUGGAUUUCUCCGAUACCUUGUUCUCAAGUUUCAAGGAGCCUUUGCUGUUUCCUAAUCCCAGAGAAAUAGGUCAGCUCGGCAAUGCAGAUUUCAUACAGCCUGGGUUGGUGCAGUUGCAGCCAAAUUUUGAGGACCUCAUGGAUACUAUUGAAAACUUUUCUGAGAUGUGGGGAACGACAUCUGGAACAUUAGCCCAGGCUAGAAGUGAACCUAGUCUUGCAGUCAUGGAAACUGGCCAGUCAUCCAAUGGUUUGUUUCAGGCGCAGAAUAAUAACUCGUUCCUGCAGAGCUUGUUGGUUGGGUCUACGAACAGAGUGCCCGAUGUGACACGAAAUCAACAACAAGUUGGAACAAAUGAUCUGAAUUUGGCCCAGCAGACGCAGCAGCCGGUUUUGAGUAAUGAACCUUCGGCACAGAAUAUGCUUCAAAAUACAUUGAUGCCACAGCAAAGUGCCAUGCCACAGUCUCCACAGCCUAUGAUUUGUAGUGAUUUGGACCAGGCCAACUUGCUUGCCUCAAAUCUCAAUCAGGCUCAGUCACUCCUCGCGAAUCAAGCCAACCAGUCACUGUUGAAUGCGUCUCUCCAACAGACUCUGCUGGGAAGCAGCGGCCAAGGUCAGGGCCUGUCCUUUCCCACCUCAAACGUCACACAACAACAACUACUGCAACAGUUACAGGCGCAGCAGCCACUGAUAUUACAAUCAGGAACUGCGAUAUCAGUUGGGAAUCUGCAAAGUCAAUUGACAAGUUUGUUAACAUCGCAGCCACAGACUCUUAAUCUUGUGACUCUAUCUGAUCAUAGUCAAGUGAAACUGGAACCUGUUGACCAAUUGACGCUUGCUCAGCAGAUCUUAAAUCCUGGUCUGACCGGUGAAACUGCGGUGCGAGAACCGAGUAGUAGUCUCGGUACUACCAUCGUCUCUCAGUCCGUUCCCAAAACCAUGACCACCACCACGCCUAGCACCUCUGUGCUCGCUAGUCAUCUUGUUGCCUCGCCCCCAUCUCAAGGCCUACCAUCACAACCUAAGAAGUCUUCGUCAAAAAAAGGAGAGUUUGCUGUUCCAAAGAACAAGCCUCUUCAAAGGAAACCUCGCAACAUCGCUCCUGCCGUCACGAAUUCACCUGCCAUGCAGCAAAACACUUUUCUCGCACAGUUGUUAACAGCUGACAGCAAGCUGAAAGCAUAUAAGAACCUCUCCCAUGGAUUGGAAUUGUUGUGGGAUAAUGGCAUGAAUGGGAAGAACGGGUAUGGUCGGGCUACAGAAAGGACAGAUUGGCAUGGCCGGGCUACGGAUAGGAAAGAUUGGUGCUCAAAGAAUGGUGCUACUAAAGUCCUGAAUGGUCAUCCUCCUGAUCAUCCUUCAUCAUCUGCAUCAUGUAAUGGUUGCGGUUCACCCCACCUCCCAACGGAUAAUGGCCACAGCGCCCUUCUAGCAUACCUCUUAGCCCCAACCACAAUGGAACAGGAACAGACACCUACGACAACAUUAUCUUCUGCAUCUAACUCCGGGCCUUCCACUGGUGCUACAUUUAAUCUGAAUAUAAAACAAGAGGCUCCUUCCAGUUGCAUUAGUGUGACAUCAGUCCAGAACACGAAAUCCUUGCUCAGUCAGGUCCCCAUUGCCAUUGCACCACAACCCCAAGUGACUGAUUUUGCCAAGAACCUGGUGAUAGCAACAACCCCUCAGGCGAUCAGCUCAGCACUUCUACAGCAAGAUUCAUUUCGGUCGAUUACUGCUGCCCCUACGACUACCACAGGGAGUCCACUCAUUUCUAGUACAACUGAUAUGCGACUUUCAAGUCCAAUAAAUCUCAACGAUGAAUCCAUGCAGGACCUUGAUUCAUCCUUUGAAGAAGCAUCAAAGGCUUUUAGACCCAAAAAUCCAGUAGAACGAGAAGUGUAUAAGGAACAUCGACGUGUCUCUCACAUAUCAUCGGAACAAAAAAGGAGGUGUAAUAUUAAGAAUGGUUUUGAUACACUGCAAGUUCUCAUUCCUUCACUAAGUGCCAACCCAAAUCAGAAACUGAGCAAAGCAACUAUGCUACAAAAAACUGCUGAUUACUGUAAGAAGUUAAAAUCUGAACGAAGCCAUAUGCAAAAUGAGGCAGAUCUCUUGAAACAGGAGAUCGAAUCAUUGAAUUCUCAAAUCAACGCGUGUCAGUCUCAACUCCCUGCCACCGGUGCGCCUGUCACCCGACAACGCGUUGACCACAUGAAGGAGAUGUGUGAUGAUUAUAUCAGGAACAGAACUAUGCAAAACUGGAAGUUCUGGAUCUUCAUCACGAUAUUCCGGGAUCUGUUCGCUUCUUUCAACAACAUGGUAUCGACUGCUACAGUUGAGGAGUUGUGUCGAACAUGUUUAGCCUGGCUCGAUCAGCAUUGUUCUUUAGUGGCUCUCAGGCCAGCCGUGCUGAAUUCUCUUCGACGGCUGAGCACGACUACGUCCAUCUUGUCUGAUCCUUCCAAAGUACCAGAACAGGCGCAUGCAGCUGUGAGUCGACGUGAUUCUGACCCGAUGUCAUAGUAGCAAGCCAUUGAGAGAUCCGGUUGUGAAAUACUGCACACUUUGUGUGAGUGCAGAUCACUGAAGUUCCCGCUCGGGCAUUGAGAAUGUGGGUUUAGCAGGGCUACCUACUUCCAGCAUACACUAUUUGCUUUUGUUGCAUGCAAAACGAAUAUUUUGACUGUCUUGGCCUUGUUUGAGCUUUGGAAAUUUAUCGAUUGGCAGUAAUUUGUGAAGGGCAUUGGUUAAAUUAUGACAGUAUUGCUCACUGCCAAUGGUUUGGACAAAAACAUUGUUUCUCAAUUGCUUGAGAAUUUGUAAAGCAUGCACUGAAUGUUUCAGGUCAAAGUGUGGAAGGAACUCAGAAUAUACAGCCGCAAUCACAAUAGGCGUCCCUCAAUUUGCAUAUGUCAUUCACAAUGUACAUGCAACCAUGAUUUACUUAUUUGCACUGUCUACGUUCACUUUUUGCACGAUAGGAUCGUCAUUGCACAACCAGUGUGUAAGCGGCACGCAGCUUACAUGGCACCAGAGGCAGAGUGCAGGUUUUGGGCAAUUUGAGGGUGUGUCAAUUGUGACUGGGACUGUAUGUCAAGGAAGGUUUCAGGAGAUCAGUUAGUAACACGUAUUUGUCAAAUGAUAUGUUGUUGUCCGUUGAAUACUGUCAAAUCCUUUAUUUUCACUAGCCUAAUAUUUUUGCGUGGGGGGGGGGGGCUUAAAGUGUGAACACUAAUGGCGAUCAAUGAUGAAAUGUAGUGAUGGUGAAAUCUAAAAGAGGACUUUUUAGCACAAAUUUGGAGAAAAGAAAAUGAAGGGCUUUACAGUACAGUGAUUGUUGAGUAUUUUGGUUUGGUACGUUGUGAUCAUGAUUAAAAUUAGUUAUUGAUGAUGGGGAGAGACGAUUCAUGGCUGUGGGUUUGGGGGUGUAUAAACAGGUUUGGUCUAAACUCACAAUCCUGAGUGUACUUGCUUUCUUGAGGAUGGCAUCGCAUCAAGCAUUGGCAUUGCGAUCAUAUUCGAUAAACCAGGUAUACCCAUCUGAUCAUCAUACUUCAAGAUAUUGAGUAUAGACAAGACAUGUCAGUAGAGAUGGAGACUAAAACUUUAAUAAAAAGUCUCGCUGGGCCAUAAAUUUUCCUUCCAUAUUGUGUAUUAAUGGAACAUCCUAUAUAUUCUCAGAUCAAAUUUUGUAAAUUAAGCUGCUGUUGAAGAUUUGGCAGCAUAACUAUUGUCCACUGAUCACCAUCAGAGUUGUUGGCUAAUCAUGACUCGUGAAGGACUUAAACUGUCAUAAUAUUGAUGUUAUAUUACACCCUGACAGUUUGGACUUGUACUGUCAGGAAUAGUCAACAACUCUUAAUUGAAUGCGUUUCAUCUAAAUAUUCAAGACAUUGACCUCAUCUGACUUAUUUAUUAGACAAGCCACAAACUAUCUACAUCUUGUUCAUCUGUCAUAUCAUAGCAUCAGCGGUGAACUACUGCUAGAUUCCAUUGGGUAGAAGAAGGAGAAUGGAAAUGUCAUUAUGUUUACAUAACCUUCCAGCAAUACUGAUACAGGUUCUGUUCAUUAUAAAGGGUUAAACUGGGUAUAGCUUGUCAAUUGAAUCUGACUGCUAAUUCUGGUUUAUGCUACCAUUUUGUUACACUUUCCUGAUGAGAUUCAGUCAGAUGAUGUUUGAACGAGUUGUAAGGAAAGACAUGGUUGUAAUAAGGCUUGCUGCACACUGAGAACAAAGGGCGACAAACGGGCAAGCCGUACGCUACAUUGCUGAUUGGUGUGAGCCAUCAUUUUCCAAGUUGAUUGUAUUCAGCUGUGUGCAGCAGACUAUACAUUUUGAUCAUCAGACAGUCAAGAAGUGCCGAUAUAGGUUGACAACGAAAAUAGUUUAAACCCACCUGUAGUGCAUUCAUAUUUUGUAAUUAGUCAGCCACCACCUUCUUCAUCUGUAGUGCUGUUUUUUCCCUAUAAUCUUCCUCUGCUAAAUCAGGGUUCUUCUCCUGCCAAGUGUCUGCUUCCAUGAACUUGCUACCUCACAUAAGAAGUGUAUUACAUGUACCGCACAAAUGUGGGGAGACAAUCAUCAUCCCAUACCAGGUUUUUGUAGCACUUUUCUCUUCACAAACUUACACCUUGAAAUGAAUGUCCAUGGUGAUACUAUCAUCGUAUUGACUAUGUCUUAUUCUAGGAGGUAUACUCAUGUAAAGAGGAGUGAUGCGCAUGCCUGCUGCAGGGGGAUGGAGGACAGUAUGCUUCUUUAGUGCUUUACGUAUCAGAGUUGUCAGUUUGAGCCAACAAACAUGGCCAGGGCAAUGUACUUGUUAAAAAUAAUUUGUGAAUAUACCAGGCGGCAGAAAUAUUUGUGAUUUCGUUAAAUGAAAUCUUUUAAGCAUUUAUUUGUGUUUUAAUGCCUUGCUCAGAGUCUUUGUUAAGGGCAUUACUAUAAUCAAAAGUGACCGUGUUUCGAUUGAGUCAAAUGAAGGUAGGCCUGAUAGCUUAAUCAUGAUAAUCGAUUUCAACUCAUUCAGCAAGUGAAUUAUUGCCAAACGAAUAGAAAUUUCAUUUUAUAUCACAACACUUGGUCUUUUAGCAUAAUAAUAUUUAUAAAGAAAUCGACAAAAAUAUGUCUUACUUUGAAGACAAAUUUGCAGUAUUAUUGUACCCAAAAUAGUUUUUUUGAUAAGAAUAUUUUUAAAAAAGGGAAUGGUUGGUCUCCUUGGAACCACUUCAUCCCACCUCUGUACUUAUGGACGUUGGCCUGCCUGCCUCAAGUUCGUGAACUAGCAUAGCAACUGGGCGUGCCCAGAAACAUGUACAAAUGUGGGUGAUUUCUGUGAAAAACCUUCCUCACAGAUAUUGCAUGAAUUGAAGAAAGGUAUAUUUAUUGAAUCAGAAGUUCUAAUUUCUCCCAAAAUUGUAGAUAAUUCACGGUUGUGUAAGAGUUUUUCUCUAGCAUUGUCCAUUUUUGAGACAAUUUCUGGUUGGUAUUCUAUAGAAUGUUUGAGGGGAGAUAAAGUGUUAAUGAGAUUUUUACAAUAUAUGAGGGGAGAGGAGUUGUUUGAUAAGUUAUUUUUCAUGCCUCCUCCUUCGAACAAUUUACUUAACACCAUCCCCUUGCCUCAGUUUAUACCAGGGAUGAAAAGUUGUCAAGUGUAAAUAUUCUUUGAAUGGCCCAGGUAUUCAAGCUGUGGCAUACAUAUAUUUGUGUUAUUUUCAUUCUGUAACUCCUAUAGAAGGCAUCAGCCUUUUGAAAAUGUGCUUCUGACGUGCCUCAGGCCCUGGUUGACAACAUUGAUAGUCCUCUUCCUAAUUAUCAAGUAUGGAUCAUCUGUACUUGCUAGUAUGUAAUUUUCCUCUCAGUUGUGGGAGUUUUGUAUCCCACAAUGUAUAUUGUGCUACUGAAAUAAAUGAAUUCUGCUAAUCA